GCAUUAACAUCCUGCAGACAUUGGAUUGAAAUUUCUAAAACCAUCAGAGUUUUCAACAAAUCUCUGGAGUCUGAUAUUCACAUUUGUAUCGAACAGGCUCACUUACAUGCACAAAACCCGCCUCAGUUGUGCUCAGAGAAGCGCUAGUCACUGUUAGCAGCGCCCUUGGUGGACAUUCCGAGCUCUUUUCUCUGAUCCGUGUCGCUUUAGCUGGUUAGCGUAGCUCAUACAGCCGCCCGGAUGCGUUAAAAUUCCGCAGCUUUAGCUUCAGCUUCGGCCUUCCGACGUGCACAAGCGGCUUCAAUCAUGUCAAACGCUCGGCAGCAACAGGGUAGCGGUGUGCCGGGAUCAGUUCCCGGGACGAGUUCUGGAAGUACAAGUAGCAGCAGCGGUGCCGGCGGGGCGAACAGCGGCAGCAGCGGCGCUCAGAACUGCAACAGCUCCGGUAACGGGGUGUCCUCUCGGACUCUGGGAUCGGGAGCAGAGGGACUAAGCGCUCGACUGGGGUCGACGAGCAGGAAAAGACCCUAUUAUAACGGUCUGAUCAAUCCCUAUGAAGAUAAGAGUAAUGAUUUUGUGUGCCCCAUAUGUUUUGAGAUGAUAGAGGAAGCUCACAUGACAAAGUGUGGCCACAGUUUCUGUUAUAAAUGUAUACGACAGAGUUUAGAGGACAGCAACAGAUGCCCGAAAUGUAAUUAUAUAAUUGACAAUGUGGAUCAGCUCUACCCCAAUUUCUUAGUAAAUGAACUGAUCCUGAAACAGAAACAGAGAUCUGAAGAGAAGCGCCUGAAACGGGAUCACCCUAAUGGAACCAAAUGGCAGGUUUUCCAGGAUGUUCUUGGCGCAGAUCAAGAGAACAUGGAUUUGGUGAACGUAAACUACAUAUUAGAGUACCUGUUGCAAAAAAAGAAACAACUAGAGGCGGAAUCACAAGCUGCUCAGCGCCAAAUCUUAAUGGAAUUCCUAAAAGAAGCCAGAAGAAAUAAAAGAGAGCAACUGGAACAGUUACAAAAAGAACUGAACUUUUUGGAAGAGGAUAUCAAACGAGUUGAGGAAAUGAGUGGUAUGUACUCACCAGUGAGUGACAUGGACCCCAACUUGGACAGUACUGUCCCACAGUUUGAAGCCCCCUCUCCUGCACCCAGCAGUAGCAUAAUAGAUCCCACAGAAUACAUUCCUCCCCCUUUUGGUGGAAGCUCACAGGGCAAAAGACAAACAUGGUACAACAGCACGCUGGCAUCACGCCGAAAGAGACUCACAGCACACUUUGAGGAUCUAGAGCAGUGUUAUUUCUCCAAUAGGAUGUCUCGAAUAGCGGAUGACAGCAGGACUGUUAACCAACUGGAUGACUUCAUGGAGUGUCUAUCCAAAUUCACUCGUUACAACUCUGUGAGACCUCUGGCCACCCUCUCUUAUGCUAGUGACCUCUAUAAUGGCUCCAGUAUUGUGUCCAGCAUUGAGUUUGACCGCGACUGUGAUUACUUUGCCAUUGCCGGUGUCACUAAGAAAAUUAAAGUGUUUGAGUAUGGAACUGUGAUCCAGGAUGCCGUGGACAUUCAUUAUCCUGUCAACGAGAUGACAUGUAACUCUAAAAUUAGCUGUAUCAGCUGGAGUAGCUACCACAAAAAUAUGUUGGCGAGCAGCGACUACGAAGGGACUGUCAUUCUUUGGGAUGGGUUCACAGGGCAGAGGUCAAAGGUGUAUCAGGAGCAUGAAAAGCGAUGUUGGAGUGUGGAUUUCAACCUUAUGGAUCCCAAGCUCUUAGCAUCUGGAUCAGAUGAUGCAAAAGUUAAAUUGUGGUCCACCAACCUGGAUAAUUCAGUAGCCUGCAUUGAAGCUAAGGCAAAUGUAUGCUGUGUCAAGUUCAGCCCAACCUCUCGAUAUCACCUUGCCUUUGGUUGUGCAGACCACUGUGUGCACUACUAUGACCUGAGAAACACUAAGCAGCCCAUCAUGGUAUUCAAAGGCCACAGGAAAGCAGUGUCCUAUGCCAAGUUUGUCAAUGGAGAAGAAAUUGUGUCUGCCUCAACAGACAGCCAGCUCAAACUCUGGAAUGUGAACAAGCCCCAUUGCUUGCGAUCCUUCAAAGGCCACAUCAACGAAAAGAACUUUGUGGGUCUGGCAUCUAAUGGAGAUUAUGUAGCAUGUGGAAGUGAAAACAACUCACUGUACCUGUACUACAAGGGGCUGUCCAAGACGCUGCUGACUUUCAAGUUUGACACUGUGAAGAGUGUCCUGGACAAGGACAAAAAGGAGGACGAUACUAACGAAUUUGUCAGUGCAGUGUGCUGGCGAGCACUACCUGAUGGGGAGUCAAAUGUGCUGAUUGCAGCCAACAGUCAAGGAACAAUCAAGGUGUGUAGUACUGCAUGAAAAUCCAGGUACUUGAGCUGGUCUGAAGGUUCACUUGAAUCACUCGUCAGAACCUUCUAAAGAACUGUUGCUUCACUGGCAGUUUAAUAAAAGGGCACUAAAGCUUGGGAGAAUUGAUGCAAACAUUUCCAAGGAAACAACCUGCAGAACUGGUUUAUAUCAUCACUAUAUUUGUAAAUGACUUGACCAUUCUGCGUUGUCAAACUAACGCUGUAUGUGAAAUGUUGAGAUCAGGACUUGUUUGUGCUAACAGGGAGAUUAACUUGAAUGCUUCUUUUUGAAUAAAGUUGUUUAAUAAUGGUAUUAACAAUGUUAUUGGUGAGUAACUAGACAUCUUUACAUGUGGAGGGAAAGAAUCAUUCUCAAAUGGGUCUCGUUUUAAACCUUGACUAAAGGUAGAUCUUGAAAGAGCUAUGAGACAUUUAAGGCCAAAGCACAAGACCAUAACACAAUGAAAUACUUUUUGUUGUAUAAAUUAGCAGUCUUUGAUUCUUUUGAGCCUGUUGUAUCCAUCUAACUUUUUUUGUUUUGUGAUACACCGUGUCUGUUAAUCCAUAAGAUAUGUAUAAGCUUCGGCAUAUUCGAUGGUCUCCCCAAAUAGAAUUACUGGACCUUUUAAGGUGUUUUGUUGGUAUGGUGGACAUGCUUAUAUCAAGGGUAUUUUAAAGUAUAUUUAAUGUACACAUAAUUUGGUAUUACUAUUUUUUGGAUUUUAGUUGUAUGUCCCACAAAGUCUUAUACUCCUCAAACAACCUUUGCAUGAGAUUCUUCUCAGGAUGCCAUGAUUUGAAGUUUUAAAAUUCAUGUCAACAUGUCAUAUUUUGCUGUCUUUCUGUAAUUUCAAGACAAAAUAGCUUUAAAGUUUUAUUUACGGGCAAAGUUUUUGCGUGGUCACAAAUUUUCAGGCUAAAAUAUAACUUGUCAAAUGCCCAAGGACACUAUAUAUACUUAUUUGGGAUUAUUUAACAUCACCCAUAACAUUGCUGCUCUCUCAUAUUUGAGUUCGUCAAGUGUUAUUUAUUUUAAUAAUUUAUAGAAAUUGUGUGUACAUUGGACCCAUAAUUGUCUUUAGGUUUCAAGCUUUAUUCAUUAGUCCUCUGCUGCAGUAAUUCUAUUUGUUUAUUUUCCCAAUU